GCGGCCCCCUCCAGAAAUUAAGGCAGCACAGCCGGGGCGCCAGACUGCGCCUUACGUGACGCCCAGUGCGGAGCGGCCAGGCCAUGGAGAGCGCAUCGGGAGAGAAAGCCGGGGCGAGAGCCGCCGAGGCCGAGCUCGGGUUCGAGUGCGAGGGGGCGCCGGCGGGCCUCCGCGAGGAGGUGCGCGCCCUGCGCGCGGACGUGGCCCGCUUCCAGCGCGGCGUGGAGCGGAAAGUGUCCGAGGCGCUGGGGCUGGCGGGGCCCCUGGCGCGCACUGUGGCCGAGCUGCAGAGCGAGCACGAGCGUUUGCGGGCCCACCUGGGGCAGCUGGCGCGCCACGUGGAGGCGCUGGCGAACGCCACCGGCCUGCCCCUGGAUGGCGGACCCGAACCCCGGGCCGGACCGGCGUCCCCCGGGGCCCGAGGGCCCCCGCGCUUCGCCAGCCACGGGUUCUCGCUGUCAGGCCGUGGCCAGAGCGGGGAGCAGGAGGAAUGGGCCGAUUCCGAGGCAAAGAGAGGCUCAAAUGCCUCAGUUAUGGAGAACGGGCACCAGGUGACGGCAGGUCCGGGGCACCUGUCCCCAGAGGCCCCCGAGCCCUUCGAGUCUCACCCCCCCAGCGUGGCUCUUUGCAUGCCCCACCAGCCCGUCACAGCCAUCACCCGGGGCUCCGAGAAGGCUUCGGGGGAGAUCGUGUCCCCAGCCCUGGCAGGCGCCUCCGUGGCCAGCCAGGGCUCCGGUGAAACGGGGAAGACGGCCGGCCAUGCAGAGAAGAGCUUCAGGGUCACCAGGUCCUCCUCGGUCACCAGCUUCGGGAUGAGCAAUGUCUUUGUCAACAAUGAGAGUCUCCAGCAGGCGACCACUCCCAAAUCCCCAUCCCCACCUCCACCGGCAGUCGGCCAUCGGCAGGGGGAGCGCCGCCGAGAGCUGGUGAGAUCCCAGACGUUGCCGCGGACCUCGGGGGCUCAGGCCCGCAAAGCUCUCUUUGAGAAGUGGGAACAAGACGCCGGCAAGUACGGGACCCCCCGGGGCUGCCGAGCCCCACCUCCUGGUGCCCUCGUGUGGCCCCCAUCCCCAUUGGGACUGACCGACAAGGGGGCCGGGGGUCCGGCCAGCCGCCCCAGAGCUUCAAGGGCCAGCGCCAGAAAUGCAGGUCCCAUUGAAUUGGUGCGCUCCAAGACCCUCGGGUACCAGGGUCCUUCUCCCCCCACCCCUUUGGGACCCCUCUCCCGGGAGGCCCUGGGUGCCCGCUACUCUACCUACUGUGUGCUAGGUGAGGGGGAUACCACAGAGGCCAAAGGUGCCGGGUGCCCCCGGAAGCUCCCAGUCUGGGGGGAGACAAAGGGUGGCUUGUGCCCACAUGCCAGACCGCCCGCUGUGUGUUCUAGGAACCUGGCCCAGUGCGAGCGGCUCAUCGAGGUGGACGACAUGAUGGUGAUGGGCCGCAAGCCGGACCCCAUGUGUGUCUUCACGUACGUGCAGUCCCUGUACAACCACCUGCGGCGCUUUGAGUGACGUCCCUGGGCCUGCGCUCCCGGGGCUGCCCCAGAAGAGGCUGGAGAGCCUGGGGGUUAGCCCCUCUGCACGGGGAGGUCGAAGGCAGCACUGGAGCAGGUGGAGAAAGGAGGGGACGUUGGUGCUACGAGAGCCCCCUUCCCCGAGUCCAGAAUGUGAAAGGCCGAGGCUCCCUCUGGCCGUUACUGAAUCCUGAGGCGCCUCCCCAUGGCCGGGAAGCCGCCCAGCCCCCACAGGCUCGGCCCCAAGGCCAGGCCACCCCCCAGGCCAGGCCGCCCCUCUGGGGGCCGCAGGCCCACCCGGGGCAGCUGGUCUCUUUAUAGAGGGCUGCCUGCAGCUAUUUAUGAGGCCACGUGACCCCCCCUGUGUCAGAGCUCGUUUGUACAUAAAAGAUGCCAGCUCGGG